GCCAUAUUUGAUUCGAUUAUGCUGUUCUGGUUGCGACAACCAGUUUAGCCAGUUCUUGACAAAUAAACGGUGUUUUCUGAACUACGAGACCAUCGUGCGGGUUAAACUGACCAGCUGCAUUCACAGUAACGACAGUUCAUCACCUGUAGGCAACGAUGAAUCCCGAAUAUGACUAUUUAUUCAAGCUGCUCCUGAUCGGUGAUUCUGGCGUCGGAAAGUCUUGUCUCCUUCUCCGGUUUGCAGAUGACACAUACACAGAGAGCUACAUCAGCACCAUCGGCGUGGACUUCAAGAUCAGGACCAUCGAGCUGGACGGGAAGACCAUAAAACUGCAGAUUUGGGACACGGCCGGGCAGGAACGUUUCCGCACCAUCACGUCCAGUUACUACAGAGGAGCUCACGGCAUCAUCGUGGUUUAUGAUGUGACGGAUCAGGAGUCCUUCAAUAACGUCAAACAGUGGCUACAGGAGAUCGACCGCUACGCCAGCGAGAACGUCAACAAGCUGCUAGUAGGCAACAAGUGUGACCUCACAACGAAGAAGGUGGUGGACUACACCACAGCUAAGGAAUUCGCAGACAACUUGGGGAUCCCCUUCCUGGAGACCAGCGCCAAGAGCGCCACCAACGUGGAGCAAGCCUUCAUGACCAUGGCGGCGGAGAUCAAGAAGAGGAUGGGCCCGGGGGCCACGGCCGGAUCCUCAGAGAAGUCCAACGUCAAGAUCCAGAGCAAGCCGGUCAACACCUCGUCCGGAGGCUGCUGCUGAGACCUGAAGAAGAAAAACGAAGAAAAAAAAAAACAGCCACGACCUGAAUCCACCCCCGAGCCCACGACCAGUCUCAACGUUACCAUGCUCCACAGGGGGCGUCGACCAGAGAGAGAGAGAGAGAGAGAGAGAGAGAGAGAGAGAGAGAGAGAGAGAGAGAGAGAGGAGGAAGACUUUGAGCGGACCGGUUUGUAAUUGUGUGUGCAGCUACAACACCAGACCCCCCCCCCUUAAAAAAAAAAAGAAAACCCUAUUAAAGUCAGCAAUAGGACGGUAAGCCCCUCCCCCUCCCACACACACACACACACACACACACACACACACACACACACACACCGAACACACUCUGGGCGGUUCUUUUUUUUUUCUAACUUUACGAAACACACUCAUACUGGAAACCAAUGUAAAGCGUUUAGAGCGGCGUGUGAAGUUAACCAAUGAGAGCACACGUCUUAUUCAGCUUUGCUUUUUAUUUUCUGUUUUCUUAUCGUUUCGCCCCCGACCCCCCCUCCUUCUUUUUUUUUUCUUCUGAGUUUGAUAGACGAGUCACUUUUCUAAAACUGUUAUUAAAAAAAAAACACACAAAGUUGUCUUCAUUUGGCGGCGAGUCGCAGCGCCUCCCCGUCUCCUCGUUUGUGUUUGAAUCAGCGAGCUCGUCAGAUGAAGCACAUGCUUAAACACCAGCAGCACGCAUGUCCCAGCUGAUCACAUGCCCCUCUCCCACCCCUCUCGACUCUGCAUGUGAUCAGCUGCAGUCAUGAAGCGGCCGGCUCAAACUGCGCCUCCCGCUUAACGGUCGCCCCGCUCCGACUUCACGGCGGCGCCCCCUUAAACUUAAACUAAACGAUGUGCCAGUGCCUUUGCGGCAGGAGAUUUACGACAUGUAUGCCUUUGGUGCUCUCGUGUUGUCGCCAUCUUCCCCUCCGUUCGCCCUCAGCGGCGGCGUGUUAAAGAAUUGUAUGAUAGCAGAAAACAUUCCUGUAUAUAACGCUUCCUGUGUCGGGCGCCGUGCGUGCUCGGCUGGUGACUGGUUAAGCAUGUGCUACAUCGGGGAGACGCCGCGUGUUCUUUUUUUUUCUCUCUGCUAAUGUUUCUCAACCGACAGCACAACCACGACCGGAGGCGUCCAAAUCACCACCCCAGCUGGAGAGUAAUCUAUAACCUGUAUAUAUUUAUACAUAAAUGUAAGAAGUGAUUUGUGUAGAGAAAAGCAAGUGAAGCGAAUGACAUGAUGCAUAGCUGGAAGUAGUAAUCUCGGCACGUGAUUUGUGGCUGCGGACAUGACAUUUUUGUGGCACAAUGUCUACUAUUAAAACAAUGAAGGAGAUCUUUGAUAA